AUGCGAGCUAGCUGCAUCUUCUACACUGCCAUCGCCCUCAAUGCACAGCAAAUACACGGAGCUCCGGAUCGCAACCUCGAAGCCUUGACAGAGGGUGAUACUCUUGCAGCGAUGGAGCAAUUUCUUGGGGUAAAGCUUGAAAGAAAAUUCAAGGACAUUCCAACUUCGGCAAGAAUUGAACCAGCACCUUGGAACGGCCCCAUGUGGGAGACCUAUGCCGACAGCAUCAACUACCCGUGGCAGAGAGAUCAACCAUCUCCAACUGAAAAGUAUGCGAUGGCUUUUGGUUUAAACGUGAAGGAAUUGGAGGACAAGGUUUCGGCCAAGUUCGGCAUCUAUUCGGUAGAAAACUCAUCUGUCAAAUGCGCAGGGCCUUGCAAAGGUCAAGUCGAUGUAUGUAGCUUUCGCGGCAGUAGUGGCGUCUGUAUACCAAGAUGGUCUGGUCUCAGUCAUGGAAUGGCUCCUGCCGCAAUUUUCGAAAAAGAGCCUCUUUGUCCUGUCAAUUUCAACAACGUCGACUUUCACCCGAACGACAUCAAGGGAUUGAUCUCGGCUGUCUAUGCCGAUGCCGAUAUUGCGAAAAUGACAAUUUCCGGCGGGCAAAGCUAUCGUGAUGAUUCAGUAUCACUUGAUCAGUAUGGCCGACCCACAGAGACCUCAUAUCGCGACGUGACCCCUGCGUUCUACCAUAUCACCGUUGCCAACAUCUUGGGUAAGCUCAAACGCUCUCUUAUCAUCGACCGAUACCCUGGUCGUGCCGUCUGGGAUCAGGCACUUUCCGGUUUCGAGGUGUACGAGCAGAAUUCAAUGACACCCGAAGAAGCUGCAAGAACGUAUUUCAACACGGACAAAUACCCUUUCAACGACCAGGCUUCACACAUUAUCCAUGUUGAAUCCAAUGUCUUCUGGAACAACAAACCGUUUCCUACCGACGAGUACCGCCCUCUUCCUCAAAACAAAGACUUUGGCGCAUCGUAUUCGUAUCUCCUCGAGCUGAGCACAUCAGGAGACAUCCUCGGAGGGGAGUGGGUUAAUAAAUCCAUUCUAAAUCAUGCCGACAACAUCUAUCUUCAUAAAGGAAAACCUGCUGCUGACUUCGUUGCGAGCAUCGGCAUCCGCUACGCCAACGUGGUAAAGCUGGUUGAGAUGUCUGCUGCAUGA